AUGGAGAAUGCCACGAAAACUGGAGAUGCUGUCCAGAGCAACCAGGCUGGUUGCCUGAAGAAGGACAUGCCAAACAGACCUCUGAGAGUGCGUGCCCAGUCACCAGAUGGCAAGUUAUCUUUUCGAUGGAAGCCACCUUAUGGAGCAGGCUUCAGGGGUCCACGCAGCAGAUCCCAAGGUUCCCUCCGUGGGUAUGGAGAGAGCAGCCGAAGGAUGAGCUAUGCUCCGCUGCUGCAAGAGCGACAAAACCAGGAAGCAAGAAAACUAGCCUCUGAGUCAGUUCACGUGGUUUCAAUGCCGUCAAGAAGCUCCCAAGGCCGGAGCCAACCUGUCUAUAGGUCAUCUUUAACUAAAAGGAAAGUCACAGAGGAGGAAGAGGUGGAGGUGGCACAAGACAUAACUGUUCGAGUUAUGUCCUCUCAGUCUGUGCUUGUUGCUUGGACAGACCCACUGUAUGAAAAACAGAAGGUUGCAGCAAAUAGGCAGUACAGUGUUCGCUAUCGGGAAAAGGGGGAGUCGGCAAGGUGGGAUUACAAGCAGGUGUCCAACCGGCGGGCGCUAGUGGAGAAUCUGCUGCCGGACACCAUGUACGAGUUUGCCGUCCAAAUCUUGGAGGGAGAAAAGGAAGGCAAAUGGAGCGUGUCUGUUUACCAACGGACUCCAGAGGCAGCUCCUGCCAGCGCGCCUGAAAAUUUGGAUGUUUGGCCAUUAAAGGGCAAACCAACCUCUGUAGCAGCAUCCUGGGAUGCUCUUCCGGAGAGUGAAGGAAAAGUCAAAGAAUACAUUCUUUCAUACGCCCCGGCUCUCAAGCCAUUUGGAGCAAAGUCCAUCACCUACUCUGGAGCUACAACAUCAGCCAUAAUAGAUGGUCUGCAGGCCGGGGAGCGCUAUAUUUUCAAAAUUCGUGCAGCAAACAGGAGGGGACCAGGUCCUCAGUCUAAAGCCUUCAGUGUCGCCAUCCCAGCAGCUGCUCAUGAGGAUUCUGUUGCUCAGCAAAAAAAAAAUAUUCAAGAUAAUUCAGAGACUAAAAAACCUGGGAAUGCUGGCUCAUCUCCUUCUCAAACUUCCUCUGUUUCUUCAAAAGUCCAGCCAUCGCUUUCCUCUAAGCAGUCACCUGUUCGUUCACCUAAUGUUAGUGAUAAAAAGAGUCUUCUUUCUGAAUAUAAGAAUAAAAUAUUGACUCGAGGAGGCGUCCUGAGUAAAUCUCAGUUACCUUCCAGAAAGACAGUUGAGCUGGAACCUGAUCUCCAAUCUACUGAAGUGACAGACGAUCAUGAUUCCUCCCAGGAAGCUCCAACGACGCCUCCAAAAGCCCAGGAUCAGGGGAGAAUUGUUAGACCCUUGUCCCCUCAUCGGCCAGUCCACCCUGUCCUUGCCUCAGGGAGAACCCCGGUUCGAACUCACACAUCAGAAGUGUCACGGCAGACGAGCACAGAGAAACAUGAGCCACCAGCACUGUUACCAUCAUCAGCACAACAUUCUUCUGCCUCGUCUGUUCCUAAAUACACAGAUAAUGAAACAAAACAAAUGAGGCAAAGCAACACUAAUGUGCCUUCUAAAACCUCUUCCCAUCCUCUGCCUGCCAAAAAUAAUGAUCUUGCAGGUAAUGUGAAAGGAAAGCCAGACCCUGUGCUGGUGAAAGUGUCUUCUAAACCUUCAGACCCUAAUCGCCUGGCUUUGCCGUCAAACCAGAAGUCUGCUAUCUCUCAUGAGGUUGUCCCAAGCCAUCCCAGUAGGUCUGGCUCUCUAGGUCAUUCACAUCAACCCUCUUCCAAAUCAGCAGGUUCCCAUGCUCGUGAUAGCCAUAAUGAGUUUGACAGCGAAGAAGCAGAGGACAGAGCAAGACAGCCCAGUUCUAGAUCACAGCAAACAAGGCUGCCCUCAGGCUCCAGUUCUCACACGUGGAAGGAUUCAAAAUUAGCUGCGGUGGCAGUCUCAUCAAGGUCUCCUGUUUCUGGUCACACUUCACCUCACUCUCACUCCUCCAGCAGUGCCAAAUCUGACGGAAAGGAUAUUGAUAAGAAUUAUAGGGAGGACUCAGAAGAUGCAAAUCCCUUAUUUCCUUCUCUACCCUCUUCCAGGCAGUCUUCUUCAGCAAUCUCUUCCAAGAGAAGAAAUCCUCAGGUUGAUUCUGAUUCUCACCUCAGAGACACACAUGGUAAAAAGUCACCCCACUCUGACUCAGCAGAACAACAGAGUCGAGCGGCUGCUGCAGAAAAGCAUUCUCUUGUGCAAUCUUCUCUUUCUACACGUAAGUCUGAAGACCAGGACAGUCGAGAGGUAAAAGAAACCCUUGCUCGAUCAAAACCAAGUAUGUCUUUGCCUAAAAAGAUGUUCCCCUCUCGUCUUCCUUUGGAGAAGACGUCCCGCUCAGAGCCUCCGCAGAGGGCACAAACAAGUCCUUCCUUACUGCAUUCAAGGGGCCGGCGCCUCCCUUCUCAUGUCCCAUCGCAGAGUAAUGAAGAAUUGCAGGAAGAUGACGAUGAGGAUGUAACAGAAGGCAGUGACAGAGCAAGCAGCCGCUCUGUGUUUCCUAAAGACGUGUCCUCUUCUAGGGGAUUACCUGCAUCAUUCUCUCAGGGAAGCUCAAGUUCAUCUCUAUCAAAGCAACAGCAGCCAGGUUCUCAGGUAGCUUCCUACAAACCAAAACUUACUCAACCAGACUCCAGUUCUGCCAGUGAUACAGCAAAAGACAACCAGUAUAAUCCAAGGUUGUCAUCCACUUCUUCGAGACAAGCUCGUCCUUUGUUACCUACUCGCUCAAUGGUCGCUACAAGAACAGCGUCCCAAACAGAGAAAAAGUACGGCCUGUUGCCCUCAAAAAUGUCCAAACCUGAACUUCCUCGAAAAGUUCCUUCCUCCUCUUCAUCUAAAUCUCGUCAGUCAGUUUCUAAUGAAGAGGAUGAUUAUUACAGUGAAUAUGAUCAGAAGGAAGUGAAAGAGAAACCCACAUCUUCGGCGGCAAAAUGGUCCCCUUCUGUUUCUAGAGGUAACAAAAACACAUAUGAUGACACUACUAGCAAUAAAAGGAAAUCUAUGGACACUCUUCUACCUCACAAAGUAAGCUCUGAAGAGGAAGAGAAGGAAAAAACUCCAACAUUAAAAAUAUCUUCUCCCGAAUCACCAGGAAGCUCUGCCAUAGCAUCACGGAUUACUCAGUCCUCUAACAAGCAUACCCCAUCUAAACCAACCUUUGUCUGGCCACGUUCUUCUGCAUCUACCACCACACACACUGUUUCUCCAGCAGUUUCUUCUUCCACUUUAUCCCCUCGACAGCGACUAUUGAACUCCAGGCUACGGAGCCCUUCCCAACGGCAAUUUGUUAGACCUCCUUAUAGACAAGGUUACAAUGGCAGACCUAAUCUUACAACAAAAAAUGGAAAUGAAAAUGGAAAUGGAAAAAUAAUACCUGGUAAUAAUGAAAAACCAAGUGGACAGAGAGUAAUCAAUGGCCCUCAAGGAACAAAGUGGAUUGUAGAUCUUGACCGAGGGCUAGUGUUAAAUGUUGAAGGAAAAUACCUCCAAGAUUCCCAAGGCAACCCUCUCCGAGUGAAAUUAGGAGGGGAUGGACGUACAAUUGUUGAUGAAAAGGGUGCCCCAAUGGUGAGUCCUGAUGGAUUACCUUUGUUUGGACACGGCAGAUUUAGUAAACCGGUAGCAAGUGCACAAGAUAAACCAAUAAUAAGCCUUGGAGGGAAACCACUGAUUGGUCUUGAAAUGAUUAAGAAAACAACCACUCCCUCAACUACUACUACAACAACACCCCCAACAACUACCACAACAACUACUACAACCACUACAACAACUGUUGCUACAACUACCACCACCACUCCUGAACCGACCACCACUGAACCACCCACUGAGAAACCACCCCCAACUUGUCCUCCAGGCACCUAUGCACAGUAUGAUGAUGAGGGCAACUUGCUGUUGGGGUUUGAUGGCCUGCCAGAGUGCAACGCAGAAGAUACAUUCUCAGGACUGGAUUCAGAUGUGACAGCUACUCCAGAGGCAUAUGUGAUAUAUGAUGAUGACUAUGAGUUUUUUGAGAGUACUUUACCACCAACCACCACCACUGUCAGAACCACCACUGCUUCUACAACAACAGAAUCAGAAGUUGUCUACCCGGAGACUAGUGUUGUUGGCACCGGCCCUGUGUCAGAAUAUGAUAUUGCUGGGAAGAAACGGUUCACUGCUCCUUAUGUGACCUAUCUCAAUAAAGAUCCAGCAGCCCCCUGCUCCUUGACAGAGGCCCUGGAGCACUUCCAAGUGGAGAGCCUUGAUGAAAUUAUUCCCAAUGACCUCAGAGAGAAAGAUCUGCGUCCCCUGAAAGCCCCUCACAACAUCACUGUCGUGGCAGUUGAAGGCUGUCACUCCUUUGUCAUUGUGGACUGGGCCAAACCUGCUCGAGGAGACAUGGUAACAGGCUAUCUGGUUUACAGUGCAUCCUAUGAUGACUUUUUAAAGAAUAAGUGGUCGACCAGGACUGCAGGGACUACUCAUUUGCCAAUUGAGAACCUGAAGCCCAACACCCGGUAUUAUUUUAAAGUCCAAGCAAAGAAUCCCUUUGGUUAUGGACCUGUUAGCUCUUCAGUCUCAUUUAUCACAGAAUCUGACAAUCCCCUCCUGAUUGUCAGACCACCUGGUGGUGAGCCUAUCUGGAUCCCCUUCACUUUUAAAUAUGACCCCACCUAUUCAGACUGCAGUGGCAAGCAGUAUGUGAAACGAACUUGGUACCGCAAGUUUGUAGGAGUGGUUCUUUGCAACUCCUUAAGGUACAAGAUUUACCUCAGCGAUGACCUGAAAGACACCUUCUAUAGCAUUGGGGAUAGCUGGGGAAGGGGCGAGGACCACUGCCAGUUUGUGGAUUCACACCUGGACGGAAGAACGGGACCUCAGUCGUACAUUGAAGCCCUGCCCACCAUCCGAGGGUAUUACCGCCAGUACCGCCAGGAGCCUGUAUCUUUUGGACGCAUUGGGUACACAACACCCUACUACUACGUGGGCUGGUAUGAGUGUGGCGUGCCUAUCCCAGGGAAAUGGUAGCAGUCUGCUUUCCUGUCUUAGGCAGGGCAGGCUGACCGUGCUUUUCAAAAGAUUUCCACCAGCGGACUGUGAGCAACUGAUUUGGAAAAGAAAAAAAAAAAAAAAAAAGAGAAAUGAGGCAAACCAGUGAAGACCAGCUGCUCAAGAAACUCCCGUGAAGUCAAACAUGGUCCCCACUUUACCAGCCUAAAUCUGUGGUGCUGCUUGAUUUCUGCUUGGAAGCAGGGACAAGAUAUAAGUUUGGUCUCCUACCUUCUUCCUCUGGGUCUUUAAGGCACAGAGGGAUGGUUGCAAUGUGCGUGACCUGUGAAAACUAGAACUGUAUUAGCCAUGAAAAUUUGGAAGUUUCUUAUAUCUUGCAGGAA